CGAGCUUAUUUAUUUUACCGUUAGUGAUCACGGAGGCGUCAUCACGCGCACGAGCGUUGUCUGCUUGAAUCACCGGGCUUAUAUACGCGUAUCCACUCACGUAGCCUCAUGAUCUACGUUUUAACACACAUUUAACCACAUGCUCGCCUGAAUCUGGAUUUUACGCAUUCAACCUUAUAUGGACUGUGGUUUUGCAGCAAUCUGCGUGUUUUCCCUAACGUAAUUGUUCAGUAGAUAGUAGUUAGAUUUUUGUUCUAGGAGGAAAUGGCAACGGACGAGCUGUCAUCGAAGCUGACCCGUCGGCUGCAGAUCGAGGAAGGCGAGCAAGAACCGGUGGCCGUUCACGUGGAUCACGAGAAUGGAGCGCACGAUAAAUCGGCCACAGCCAGCGCGGACUCGGAGCUCGGGGCAAAAUUGCAACGGCGCGGGGAGCUGAACGAGGGUGUCGGUGAACAUCAUCAGCCCAGCAUGAAGGUGUUCAACCCUUACACCGAGUUUAAGGAGUUUUCGAGGAAACAGAUCAAAGACAUGGAGAAGAUGUUCAAGGAGUAUGAUUCACAGAAAGAUAACUAUAUUGAUCUGAUGGAGCUGAAGCUGAUGAUGGAGAAACUUGGAGCACCUCAGACUCACUUGGGGCUGAAGAACAUGAUCAAAGAAGUGGAUGAGGACUUGGAUGGCAGACUUUGCUUUAGAGAGUUUCUUCUUAUCUUCAGAAAAGCAGCUGCAGGAGAACUGGCUGAAGACAGUGGGCUUCAUGUCUUGGCACGUCUGUCAGAGAUUGAUGUGUCAACUGAGGGCGUGAAGGGAGCCAAAUCAUUCUUUGAGGCAAAAGUACAUGCCAUUAAUGAAUCCAGCCGGUUUGAGUCAGAAAUUCGUCAGGAACAGGAGGAGAAGAAGCGCCAGGCUGAGGAGCGGAAACAACGACAAGCUGCUUUUAAAGAGUUGAAGUCAGCCUUCAAAUAACCAAGUCCACCUCGCCCCCCCAACAUACUCAUUCUCAUCUAUCUGUCUGUUUAAGCUUCGUCUGAGAACGCCAUAAUAAGAGAUACUAUGCAAGGCUGUGAAACCCUCAGAGAUCCAUGCAGAUUCAUCUUUCUGAGAGAGUCACCAGUGUAGUUUGUGUUCAUGCCUGGAUCUCACACAAUCAGCAUUGUUAAAAUCAUUUAAUAUUAUUAUGGAUUCUGCACUCUCUCUCUCUCUUUUUCAAUCUCUCUCUUUCAAUCUCUCUCUCAGGCUGCUUUUGAAUGUGAAGCCAGGCACUGAUCUCAAAUCACUGGAUUGAAUUUGUUCACGUCUGUUUCAAUCGCAUGUGUAAUGUUGUCCUGUACACGUACUGUAGUUUCUACAUCAUUGUUCAGUGUCAGUGUCAUUUUUAGCUUUGAUGGCUUGUUUCACCUCACGUGUCUUGUUCUCAUCUAUGUUAUAACACGGUGAUUUCAUUAUAAGAGUGUAAAAGACAGUUUUAAAAGGUUUUUAAGUAGUUGAGCUUUAAUUCUUAGUGUGCCAUAUCCAGUAUGUUGUAUUGACAUCAGUGGCAAUUGCACUAGACUAGAACAUCAUUUCCUGUGUAAGGAGGAAAUGCUUGUCAAUGUACCGUUACUAAUUCAAGUGACAUCACUGGCACACGUCAGCAGCUGUUUAAACAUUCAGACCUUGGCUCUAUUCAACAUAUUUUGAGCAUAAAGUGGUUUAUAUUUUUACAGAGUUGAGAGAUGGGUGUAUUAGCAUGUGGGGUGAUGAUUUUAAUGGUGUUUGUAAGGAAUGCUUUUUUUUGCAUGAUCACUGUGAUGUUCCCCAAACUCAAAGUCACCUUUAGCCUGUAUGGCUUGCCAAGCUUACAAUCUUUAAAAUUUACAAGAAUGCAACACUGUUUUACCAUUAAAUCCAGUCGUAAUUCAAUUCAGUCUCAAUAUUAUGUGUAAAAUCAAGCUGCUUUGCUUUGCUGUUUUUAAAGCUCAGUAUUGGUAGCUUGUUGACAGUGUCUGACACCGGUUUUAUGAACUUACGGUUUGUCAGAUACCUGAAGGCUGAGUUCAGCUUUAUUAGGUGUAAACUGUUAGCAUAUGCAGCAUGGCCGGCUUUUGCUGUUUACUGCUGAGGUCUGGCUGAACUAAAUUAGGCAAAUAUUUAUCAUCUCAUGAGCAACAUUAUAAGCCUUGCACACACCCCUCAGUGUGACAUGCAUUGAUGUAUAAAGAAAGAGGCAGGCUGUUGUAUAAACCCAGUGCAUGUGAUUCGAUAUUAAAAUGUGUUUUAUGUAACUUUUCUCAUCAUUAGAGAUUUCACCAAAAAACAUCUGAAAGAAAAGGGAAUAUUUUAAUGGAUACCUACAAAGGAAUUGCAAUGUUGAAGUUAUACAUUGAUAGACUUUAAUGGUCAUGCAGUGAACGUAACAGGCAGUACACUGUGGCAAAGGAAACUGAGAUGCUGUGUAUAAAGACAAAUCUAUAUUUUCAUGUGAUGAAUAUUAUAAAUAAUUUUAGUUUUGUAUGGAAUGGGGUCUUGUGAAAAGAAACAUUUUUAUUUUCUCAAUAUGGAAUUUGGUUGUUUAUGCUCUCCCUUAUUUCUACAUGUAUCAGAUAUUCCGUACAAUAUUCCAUAAUCAAACAAUUUCAGGUAACGUAUAGUUCCUUUAUGUAUUGGAGGUAAUAUUGUUGUAUACUUUUUAUGUAAAUGUUCUUGUUUGCUCAUUAGUUAUGUGGGAACAAUCAAUGUGUAAUAAUUUGUCUCCUUCCAACAUCUGCAUUUACCUUUUUGUUUGUUUGCUGCCGUUCAGUUUUAAAAUGUAAGGGUAAAUGUCAUAAUCUACAUGUUAGUGUUUGAUGAAUUUUAACAUCCUGUUAAAAGCCAUAAACCAUUAUGUCAUUCCUUUUGAGAGAUUUUGGCAGUUUCAUUAAGUUGUGCCAAAUGUCUGAAGUACUGUGUUAGGCAUAUUUGUUAUUUUACAACAUUCCACUGAAAGUUUUCUUGAAAUCUUUAGUAAAAUGUAUCAUAUAAACCCAAAAAGAAGGUAAUGUGAAUUAGUAUUAACACAAUUCUAUAAAGCUUGGUCUAAACAUUGCUGAUCUACUGUGUUAAUUAAGAUUUGUAGAUUUGAAUCAUUCACACACAUCUCUUGCAGUAUUAUCUUAAAGGAAGUUAUUUCUACUACGAGUUUCAAAAGAAAUUGCCCCCUUUCAAGUUAGGAAAGUAAAAAAUCUCAAACAGAAUGAGAAACAGUAUCAAAUAUCACAUUGUAUCCUUUGUUAUUAGACUUAUCAUUUUGUUCCUCAUUACAGCUAUAUGAGAAUGGUUAAAGAGGACAAAGUCACUCUCUAUGUCUGUUAAAACUGUUGGUUAUGGUAUUAAACUUUAGUUGGCUUGUAUGUGUUGAUAUACAUGGCUUCGAUAAUAUGCACAUUUAUAUUUGAUUUUCUUACUAAAAUGUAUAAUUAUUCUUGUGACAAUAAAAAUACUUUUAAUUUGGAA